AUGGUUGAUUGUGAUUAAUAGUCAUGGGGAUGUGCUGGAGGUCAUAAUUAAUAUGCUUUGGAUUAUGUAUAAAGAGUAGGAUUAAUGAGUAGUUCAAAUUACCCAGAUGUUGCUAAGAACUAAACUUGCAAAUAAACUAGUACUUUCUUUAUUAAUGGUUAUACAUACAUUGAAUGA